GGGCCAGACUAGCUGUAACUGAAAACUCGGACCCAAAAGUCAACACGGGUUGAUUGUGCAUAUUUAUACCGACGGAGAAUCUCUACUCAUAACAAAUUACCAAAUCCGAUCCAAAACCUCUCCUCUUCUUCUUCAAGAUUUCCUCAAGAUUCUUUCAUAUUCGGACGGUCGCAAGUUUGGGAUUUUGUGUUCUUAAGUAAAUCUCAAACUUUGGCGUGUUGCCUGUUUAAAUAAGAUGAACUUCUGGUCAUCAUCAUACCAUAAUGCAGAUAUUAGUUUGGUAUUUACAUCUGAAUGGACGGCAAGACGUUUACUCAGUUGGUUGAAGAGAAAAAGAAGCGCGUUUUGGCAAAAAAAGAAGCCCCUUUGAAAUGGCAGCAGAAGCUUGAAGCGGCCAUUGAAGCCAACGAAAAGAAAUCGAAAAGGCAUAAGAGAAGAUCCGUGUCAUAUGAUAGUGGCAACCAAAGUGAAAGCAGCCAGGAGGUCAAAAAGUCAAAGAGGAAGAGUCACAAGAAACAUCGGAAGCAUGGUGACAAUGAGAAGAAAGAGAAGAGAUCAAAACGCAAACCAAAAAGGAAAUCUUCAAGUGAUAGUGAUAGUGACGGUUCAUAUGAAAGCGAAUUGGAAGAACGUAGGAAAAAGCGCGCUCACAAGAAGCGUAAGCAUCGUCGUUAUUCGAGCUCCGACUCUGAUGAUUCGGGCUCUUCAAGUGAUGAAGAUGAAGGUGCGAUAAAGCGAAGGAGACACUCGAAUCAUCAUAAACAUCAUGAUAGACGAAUGAGAUCAAGGGAUUUGGAUUCUUCGAGUGAAGAAUAUGAUGAUGGUAGAACGAGGAAGAGGAGGCAUUCAAGGCAUCAUCAUCACAAACAUCAUCGACGUUCGGAUUUGAGUGAUUCUCAUGAUUCUAGCUUUGAAGAUGGCGUGAGAAGACAUGAUAAGCGCCAUCGUAAGUCAUAUAACCAUGAGUUGAAGUCCGAUUCUGAUAACAAGGAUCAUGACCACCGCCACCACAACCAUAAAGAUGAUUUGGAUGAACCACAUGACAGAAAUGACAAGCAGCGAGAUGGACCUGAUGUCACGGGAAAUCCAGGUGUGGAUAGUGAUGAAGCCGAAGAGGGUCAAAUUGUCUAAGUUACAGUUUGUUGUCAUUUGUAAUGAACCUGUUCUUACAUGUUUUUUUACGACGCUUAACCUUUUAGUGGGACCCCUUCCUGUUCUUGUGAACUCGUCAACAUUGUAACGAAUCAUUUAAAACUGUUUUAACCAUGGGAAUCUGCAUGUUUCUUCA